AAAGUAUUUAAUCAUAACAAACAAGGAUCAUCAAGUACAUACAUGGUCCGGACCGGACGCGCUCACGUGAUUCCGCUUCCACAGUCUACUGGCUGAGCGCUUCUCCUCGAGCGCUCCUGACGUAGCCAACAGUUUCUGUCUGACGUCACCACGCAAGAGACCAAAAUCGCGUCUCACAAUUAGUUUUAUUCGCAGUCCAUUCGCUGAGCUAAGCUCCCAUUGGUUAGUGGAGGUAUUCAUGCAAAUACCUUUCAGAGACACAGCAUGCUGCUGACCAGCGAAUAAGACAUGAGGUUCACACCUGAGGGUUAGUUCCAUUGGCCACUUCAAAGAAUGCCGCCAUUCUGUUCGCUAAACCAAUCGAUAAAUUGGCGGGGUUAAAGCUCACACUUCCGGUCAAGGACAGGAAGUUCCCCUUCAGAAUAAAACCUAUUAGCCUGCCUUCAGAAUAAAAGCUUCUUCCGCCCAGAAACUGCCAUUUUUAACGAUCUCUCCCGAGAAACCUACUGUGACCAGAACCAAUACAUUUCAUUCAUACUCGAGUCAUCCUAUUAUUAGGACAACCAUAAAACGUCUUACAAUCCACAUUACAGUUAAUAAUACAGUGAUCAUACGCAUAUGUUUUCUUAAUAAAAUUCUUCAGAAUAUUCCUCAUAAUAUCCCUCAUUAAUUAUCUUAUCUUUAUGUAUUAAUUCAAAACAGACUCUCAUUUACCUAUGCACGUGUAUAUCAAAUCCACUACAACUCAACAGUAUAUACGAUUACCGUAUGUGACUUUCUCUUUGGUGGCAUUAUCCAGUUCAGUAAGAUAUUAGUUUCCUAACUUUUAAAAACAAAACACAGCAAAAAACACAUGCUUGUCUUUAUGUAAACAGAACAGUGGAGGCCUGUGUUGGAUUAACUCCAACAUACAUCAUGUCAUCGCGCAGGGUGCUUUCCGAAAUCUCCACUUCUCCGUUUUGGUGACGAGGAGGAAGGAGUGUGUCCUAGCGUGUGUUUAAUUGCCACACACUACAUGACUCGUGGCGACGCCAGUAUCAGAACGAUUUCGGCUGAACGAGGAAGUCCUCCAGAAGGCGGUCAGUGAACGUCUCACCAUGGUCACGCCGAGCCUGUGUCAAAGCGCCUUCGCGGUGCUCCGGAGGAUCGAGCCCACUCUGGUGCUGGAGCAGCUGGGCAGCUCUCUCUUCGCCACCGCCCUGCAGAUGGUGGUCAAGGACCGCUGUGUGAACGCCAGCUACCCGGACGCCCACCUCUCCGUGGAGGCCAGCCAGCAGAGAGCCAUGACGGACUUCUACAUGACCUACAACCUCAUCGUCCGGCUGGUCCCCAUCUUGCCCGCGCUGAUCUUGGCCAGGCUGGGCGACCGCGGCUGGAGGAGAGUCCCCAUCGCGGUGCCGCUGGUCGGGUACGUGCUGCUGAGUCUCGCCCUGCUCCUGGUGGUCGUCGUCCGGCUCCCGCUGGAGGUGAUGUUCGGCGCGGGGGUUGUCUUCGGUCUGUCCGGCGGCUUCGGCGCCUACUGGCCCGGCGUGAUGACGCUGGUCGCGCUCUCCUCCACCGCGGCUGAGCGCUCCAAGGUGAUGAUGACCGUGGAGCUGCUGUACGGGACAGCGGGUCUGGUGGGCAGCCUGGCGUCGGGUCACCUGUUCCUGCUCUACAGCUCCAGUUUGGGCACCGGCACCAUCCUGAUCAUCGUGGGCGCGCUGCUGCAGAUGCUCUGCCUCACGCAGGCCACCUUCCUGCUGCAGGUGAAACCCGAAUGUCACCAAGAGACAGAGGACACCAGCCGCCUCCUUCCUGAUACCUCUGGUAAAGUUCUCAGUGAAGUUCCCAGUGAGGUUCCCAGUAAAGUUCCCAGUGAGGUUCUCAGUGAAGUUUCCGCUCCUGCCAAGAAAAACAGGGUGAACGUCAUCCUGCUGGUUGCAACCGCCAUUCUGUACGGCUCCGCAGUGAGCGGAGCCGUAGAGAUCAUGGAGGUCUUUGUGCUGAAAGAGCCCCUCAACUGGAGUGCCACUCAGGUGGGUUACGGCCAUGCGGCAGGCUAUAUGAUCUUCCUCACCAGUUUCCUUGGCGUCACCGUGUUCCGUCGCUGCGUCAGCGACGUGGCGCUCAUCCUGAUAGGCAUGCUGUCGUUCGCCUCGGGGAUUUACUUCAUGACCUUCGUCAGGACGACCUCCAUGUUCUACCUCGCUCGCUCACUCAACUUGUUUGCUCUCAUCCCGAUGCCCACGAUCAGAUCUCUGCUCUCGCAGCAGGUUCCAGCUUCCUCAUGCGGCACCACUCUCACCUACCUGCAGAUGGCUCUGAAGUUUUCCGGCCUGGCGUACAUCCCUGCCUUCACUAAGAUCUAUCAGAGAACCCUGGACUGGUUACCGGGCUUCGUCUUCACGCUGUCCAGCGUCAUUACAGUACUGGGAAUGAUCCCGAUCAGCAUUGUCGGCUGGAGAUCACGUCAGAAUCGAAAGUACACAAGGAUUCAGGUCGACUGAUGGCACCGACCUCGCCGGCAGACGGGACCCGACACAUGAAACGGGCCAAAAGGGGAACAGUACUUUACUCUCACUUCCUAUUUUGCUAAAACUUUUGACCGGGCAAGAGAGUUCCCAAACAGCAUGGGCAAGUUUGACAACCAUUUAGAAAUUAUUAAACUUUUUUUUCUCCCAGAGCCACCGGCAAAACGUCAUCCACUAAUGGGAUCGAUUGGAGUUUGGAACGUGUUAGAAUCAGAGUCAAGUCCUCCGCAACACGGUGAUGUCGACAUGGUGUCGACGUGUCGUUGUGCGUGUGAGCAUAUCCUAACGGAGACUAAGAAUCACUGACGCAUUUAAACAGGUUUCCUGUUGUGAACCGGCUCAAACUGAAUCACAUUAAGCCGUGAAUAGAAAACAUUUUUUAUUCCAUCGUGACUCAUACUCCACAUUUCAGUCCCAAAGACUGGGCUGAUGAAAUACAAUUUGACAGAAGUUGGAAUUUUAAUUUCCAUUGUGUACUUUGGCUUUAUUAUUAUUAUUUUCUCCAGCGUGUCCAGUUGUCUUGGUUGCAUUUGUUUAUUUGUGACCGUGUCCUGACCUUUGCUCUGAAGGGAAUGAAAUGCUGCCUGUGUUAUUAUUUUUAACGUCAUGCACAUUUUAAAAAGCACGCGCACAAAAAGGGCGGACGUCAAUGGGUUAUUACAUCUCUGGUACAGUUUAUGCGAGGGUAAGGGUUUGAAGAACAUGUUAAACAUUUGAACUGAAGCUGCAGGUUUUAUAAAAGUCUAGUUUUGAGGUAUGUCGAGGGAGAUUUGAUUUGAUCAUUUGACUCACUUUUUGUGUAGUCACAAAACAUUUAAAAAUGCUGAAUAAAAAGGAGAACUGUUAUGUUUACUGCAAUAAGACCAGAUCCUCCUCAAAUGAACAUCAAUAAACCUUGCACCGAUGUCACUUUAUACUUUAGAUACACUGUAUACACUUUAUUGUAACAUUUCCUUUAUUAUAUAAAUUCUUAAAUGUAAUAUGUCCUGCCCUGCCAUUUUAUUUUAUUGUAUAUAUGUAAACGUGAUUGCUGCUGCUUCACUAAAUUUCCCCCUGGAGAAGAAUACAGUAAUAUCCUAAAUAAAGAAUAAAGAAAACAGA